AUGUCUGCUCGCGUUCCAGUGCCCGCCGCUCACCCUCGGGAGGAGCCUCCCGCGGCAGGAGCUGAGAGGGAGUCGCUGGCGGCCGCGGCGAGCCGGCAGGCCGAGCAGCUAGCCCCGCUCGAACGGGAGGGCAAGGAGGCGGCGAGGGAAGAGAGGGCCGCGACCGCCACCAUCGCGGGGGCGCGGGGUGAGCCGUCGCCGGCGCCGGUGCUGGGACACAGCGUGCCUCAGGCGGCGGUGCCUGUGAAGCCCCUGGCGCUGCACCUGGCGCACAAGGCGCGCGGGCCAGGGGGCCCCUUUGGCGGGGAGCCGCCGCGACCGCUGCCGCGGGACCCGCCGGCCGAGAACGCCCGGGAGGAGGAGGCAGCGGCCAGCUCUGAGGAAAAGCUGCAGCCGCCGCCGCCGCCGCCGAAGGAGAAUCCCUGGACCAGAAAGCCUCCUCAGCACCUGUCCCCCGCUGGGACGGGGCCUCUGCCGUUGCUCCCACUGGAAACCUUGGAGGCAGAGCUCAGUUCCCCCAAAAUUAUAAAAGCAGGAAAACUCAAGACAAAGAAAUCCAAUAAGGCUAGUGAUUUCAGCGAUAUGGCAAACUGGCCAACACCAAGUGAAUUAGUGAACACUGAAUGUCAGAGUGUCAUCAGUCAAGGAAAUAAGAAGCCACAAAAUAGAAAAGAAAGAGAAGACAAGGUUGAAAAGAGAAGUGUUAACAAUGAAAGCAAAGAAAACCGGGAAACAAAAUUAGAUGGUCCUGGUGAAAAUGUCAGUGAGGAUGAGGCUCAGUUAAGCAAUCAACGAAAAAGAGCUAAUAAGCACAGAUGGGUACCACUGCACUUAGAAGAUGUAAGACCAGAGAGUCAAGAAAGACCAGGGUCCCGGAAUAGCUCAAGAUGUCAACCUGAAGCAAAUAAAUCAUCACAUAACAAUAGGAGAAAUGACACACAAAGUUGGAGGCGUGAAAGAGAAAAGAGAGAUGAUCAAGAUGAAGUUUCCAGUGUGAGAAGUGAGGGUGGUAAUAUCCGAGGCUCCUUUAGAGGACGAGGCCGAGGACGAGGAAGAGGCCGGGGCAGAGGAAAUCCUCGAUUGAACUUUGAUUAUUCAUAUGGUUAUCGAGAACAUGAUGAAAGGACUGAUCAACCAUUUCAAACAGAGCUUAAUGCCAAUAUGAUGUAUUACUAUGAUGACGGUACAGGUGUGCAGGUGUAUCCUGUGGAAGAAGCAGUGCUCAAAGAGUAUAUUAAGCGCCAAAUUGAGUAUUACUUCAGUAUAGAAAAUUUGGAACGGGAUUUCUUUCUUAGGAGAAAGAUGGACGAGCAAGGUUUCUUGCCUAUUUCCCUGAUUGCUGGUUUCCACCGUGUUCAGGCUCUCACUACAAACCUUAAUCUCAUUUUGGAGGCACUGAAAGAUAGCACAGAAGUGGAAAUUGUGGAUGAGAAAAUGAGAAAAAAGAUAGAACCAGAAAAAUGGCCGAUUCCAGGCCCCCCUCCACGGAGUGUGCCACAAACAGACUUUUCUCAACUGAUUGAUUGCCCAGAAUUCGUACCAGGGCAAGCCUUUGGUUCACAUACAGAGUCUGCCCCAAAUUCUCCAAGAAUUGGAAGUCCACUGACCCUAAAGAAAAAUGCAGAAACAAGUAAUCUUCAAGGAAUGUCUAGAGGUUUAUCUACCAGUUUGCCCAACUUGGAUUCAGAACCUUGGAUAGAAGUAAAAAAGAGACAUCAUCCAUCCCCAGUGAAACUGAAGGAACCACCAUCUCUUCCUGAAGAGGCAUCAAAUCAACUAUGUCUUCCAGAUGAACAAGAACAAGAAGAACUUGAUUUUUUCUUUGAUGAAGAGAUGGAACAAAUAGAAGGUCAAAAAAACACAUUUACUGAUUGGUCUGAUAAUGAUUCGGAUUAUGAAAUUGAUGAUCAAGAUUUAAAUAAGAUUUUGAUUGUAACUCAGACACCUCCUUACAUGAGAAAACAUCCUGGAGGAGAUCGAACAGGCUACCACAUGUCUCAAGCAAAAAUUACAUCUGAACUUGCUAAAGUUAUCAACGAUGGUUUAUAUUAUUAUGAGCAGGAUCUGUGGAUGGAAGAAUAUGAAAACAAACACACAGCCAUAAAGCAAGAAGUUGAGAACUUUAAGAAGCUAAAUCUCAUUAGUAAAGAGCAGUUUGAAAACCUAACACCUGAGCUUCCUUUUGAGCCAAACCAAGAAGUUCCUGUAGCAGCUUCACAGUCCAGGCAAGAUUUGACUGAUGAAUUAGCUCAGAAGCUGUUUGAUGUUUCAGAAGAAUCUUCAGCAACAAUGGCCCGUUCAUUGCCCACAGCAGUUCCAGAAUCUCCCAGAAUUUACCCUGCAAGGACACCCAAGACACCGCGAACACCUCGAUUACAAGAUCCAAACAGAACACCAAGAUUUUAUCCUGUUAAAGAACCCAAAGCUAUUGAUGUAAAGAGUCCAAGAAAGAGAAAAACAAGACAUAGUACAAAUCCCCCUGUAGAGUGUCAUGUUGGGUGGGUAAUGGACUCCAGAGAUCACGGACCAAGAACAUCCUCUGUCAGCAGUUCAAAUGCUUCGCCUUCAGAAGGUACACCACUAAUAGGAAGUUAUGGAUGUACUCCUCAUUCAUUCCCAAAGUUCCAGCACCCUUCCCAUGAACUUUUGAAGGAAAACGGCUUUACCCAACAAGUGUACCACAAGUAUCGUAGAAGAUGCCUAAGUGAGAGAAAAUGUUUGGGAAUUGGCCAGUCCCAAGAAAUGAAUACCCUCUUUCGUUUCUGGUCCUUCUUCCUCAGAGAUCACUUCAAUAAAAAAAUGUAUGAGGAAUUUAGACAACUUGCUUGGGAAGAUGCAAAAGAAAAUUACAGGUAUGGAUUAGAAUGUCUGUUCAGGUUUUAUAGUUAUGGACUGGAAAAAAAAUUCAGACAAGAAAUUUUUAAGGAUUUCCAAGAAGAAACCAAGAAAGACUACGAAUCUGGUCAGCUGUAUGGAUUAGAAAAGUUUUGGGCUUAUCUAAAAUAUUCUCAAUCUAAAACACAAUCUAUUGACCCCAAACUUCAGGAAUACCUCUGUAGCUUUAAGAAGCUGGAAGACUUCCGUGUUGAUCCCCCUAUUGGUGAGGAGUUUGGAAGAAAAAGACAUUCAUCUACUUCUGGUGAGGAGAGUAAUCGUCAUAGACUUCCAUCUAAUUCCUCUACAAAGCCACCAAGUGUUGCUAAGCCUACACCUGCUAAUCAGCUUCAGGUUCCAAUAAAUUCUCCCAGAAGGAACACUUCACAGGAGUCCAGUGACAGUUCACACCAGAACAAUGCUGCCUCAGUCCCAACAAAUGGUGAACUGCCUGAGAAAUAG